AUGAGUAAUAACAAUAAAAAACCUUAGUCGUAGAAGGAUGUACGAGCAAAAGUAAAUUCUGGUUUGAAUCGGAAAAAUGAUAUUCCACAAAAAAGGAUUCAAUCUGUAAUAAUAUAAUAGGUAAUGCAUUGUAAUAAAUUAGGCUGAUAAAUUAGUUGAUUUAAAUGUAACUUUGACAGAACAAUUAAAUAAUAUUGUAUAAGAUUACUUGAUGAGAAUUAAUUGUACUAAAACGUUGGAAUAGUUUAAGGUAGAAUCUUAAUUUGCAUCAGAAUAAAGCAACGAAACAGAACAUUUAAUCUUAGGGCAUUUUGAUAGAGGCGAAAGAGAUAAGUUUUUAGAAUCAUGGAGUCGAUACAUUCCUGUAUAAUAGAGACAAGAUCCUGAUUCUUGGAAGCUAGAAUUUUAUGCUUAAAUUUAUUUUCUUAUAUACCCAAUUCACCCGGUAUUCAUGAAGAAAGGAAUUAUUGAUAAGAACUCUAUUAAUCAAUUUAAGUCAUAUCUUGAUAGCAAAGGAGGUGAUUUAUCAAAAACUAAUGAAGUUUUGCCUUUUUAUGCAUUACCUUAUGUUAAAAAUCCUGAAAAACAUCAAACCUUUUAGCAUCUAUUUACUAAUGAAUGGAUAGAUGAUUUGAGAUUAAGAUUAAAAGAAUUUAUAUAAUCAAUAUAUGGAUAAGAGCAAAGUGGAAGUAUAUUAAAAAGAUUGUUUUUAUCAAAAUAAGGUUCAUCUAAUAUUUAAGAAUAAGAAUUAUAAAAGAAAGUUGCAGAAAAUAUCAGAUAAUUAUAAUAAGAGAAUAAUGAAUUAAGAAAAAAGAAUAAUUAGUAAGCGUAAACAAUAUAAGAAAUAAAUUAAACAGCACAAUAAAAUUAGAUUGAAACAUAAAGAAAAUGGUUUUAAUUUACGGGUGACAUGUUAAAGAUGGAGAAAGAAAUGAUAAAGUAUAUUGAAAAUAAUAAGAAGAAUCCAGAUUUAUUAUAAUAAUUUAAAAAGAAAAUAGGUUUAUGUGAUAGGUUCUUAAGUUAGAGCAUAGAUGAAUUAAUAAAUAAAUCAUAAGAUAUCUCUUAAUAUGAUAAAAUAACAUAGCCUGAUCAUGAUCUCUCAGAUUUGACUAAUCAAUAAUGUAUUUUUAUAAAUUUAAAUUAUAGAAAUGAUUCCAAUCUAAUAAUCAAUAGAAGAGUACAUUCCAUUAAAUUAUGAGAAGAUUAUUUAGUUAUUCACAAAAAACAAUAAUCCAGUUUUGGUUGCAACAGUUAUAUAAGCAUUAAGAUGGAGAAUAACAAGGGCAAGAAGUGCACUAGAAAGAAGAUCAGUAGUUGUUGCAUAUUCAACACAUGAUCUUAUUGGAGCUCAUUAAAGAAAUAUAGCAUUAGCUUAAUAUUUAAUGAUGAAAUCUCCUUUGGUUAUUUAAUGCCAAAGUUUAAAAUUAAUGAAUGCAUUAGCAUCUGAUUAUGAUGGAAGAACUUAUUUAACAAAUAACCCUCAAUUAAUUAAAUUGCUUAUUGAAUUAAUAAAAAAAGAUUAAAUUGAUUCAAUUAAAAGAAAGAAUGCAAUCGGUACUUUAUAAAAAUUAUCACUUCGAAAGCAAAGUCAAAUUUGGAUGCUUGAUAAUGACAUUAUUUAAGUGGCCUUAAGCAUUCUAAAAAGAGUAUAAAUUAAUAUUUAAAGAGUAGGAAAAAUUCAAUUUAAGUGAAUAUACAUAUGAAUAUAUUACUGCUUUGAUUAUGAAUUUAUCAUUAAGUUCAAGAGGUCGAGAUGCUUUAUCAAAUAAUAAAGAAUUAGCUUUUGAAGUUUUAUAUUAAUUGAUUGAAUACCCAAAUGAUCAGAUUAGAACUUUUACAAAUGGAACAUUCUAUUCUAUGUUUAGUAGAAGAGAUCUAAGAGAAUAUGCUUAUCAAUUAAAUAUACCUUAAGAAUUACCUAAAUUAUUAUCAAUUAGUGAUGAAAGAUUUAAAAAANUACAUAAAUUAAUUAAUAAUAUCUGUUAUAAUGAGUAAUAACAAUAAAAAACCUUAGUCGUAGAAGGAUGUACGAGCAAAAGUAAAUUCUGGUUUGAAUCGGAAAAAUGAUAUUCCACAAAAAAGGAUUCAAUCUGUAAUAAUAUAAUAGGUAAUGCAUUGUAAUAAAUUAGGCUGAUAAAUUAGUUGAUUUAAAUGUAACUUUGACAGAACAAUUAAAUAAUAUUGUAUAAGAUUACUUGAUGAGAAUUAAUUGUACUAAAACGUUGGAAUAGUUUAAGGUAGAAUCUUAAUUUGCAUCAGAAUAAAGCAACGAAACAGAACAUUUAAUCUUAGGGCAUUUUGAUAGAGGCGAAAGAGAUAAGUUUUUAGAAUCAUGGAGUCGAUACAUUCCUGUAUAAUAGAGACAAGAUCCUGAUUCUUGGAAGCUAGAAUUUUAUGCUUAAAUUUAUUUUCUUAUAUACCCAAUUCACCCGGUAUUCAUGAAGAAAGGAAUUAUUGAUAAGAACUCUAUUAAUCAAUUUAAGUCAUAUCUUGAUAGCAAAGGAGGUGAUUUAUCAAAAACUAAUGAAGUUUUGCCUUUUUAUGCAUUACCUUAUGUUAAAAAUCCUGAAAAACAUCAAACCUUUUAGCAUCUAUUUACUAAUGAAUGGAUAGAUGAUUUGAGAUUAAGAUUAAAAGAAUUUAUAUAAUCAAUAUAUGGAUAAGAGCAAAGUGGAAGUAUAUUAAAAAGAUUGUUUUUAUCAAAAUAAGGUUCAUCUAAUAUUUAAGAAUAAGAAUUAUAAAAGAAAGUUGCAGAAAAUAUCAGAUAAUUAUAAUAAGAGAAUAAUGAAUUAAGAAAAAAGAAUAAUUAGUAAGCGUAAACAAUAUAAGAAAUAAAUUAAACAGCACAAUAAAAUUAGAUUGAAACAUAAAGAAAAUGGUUUUAAUUUACGGGUGACAUGUUAAAGAUGGAGAAAGAAAUGAUAAAGUAUAUUGAAAAUAAUAAGAAGAAUCCAGAUUUAUUAUAAUAAUUUAAAAAGAAAAUAGGUUUAUGUGAUAGGUUCUUAAGUUAGAGCAUAGAUGAAUUAAUAAAUAAAUCAUAAGAUAUCUCUUAAUAUGAUAAAAUAACAUAGCCUGAUCAUGAUCUCUCAGAUUUGACUAAUCAAUAAUGUAUUUUUAUAAAUUUAAAUUAUAGAAAUGAUUCCAAUCUAAUAAUCAAUAGAAGAGUACAUUCCAUUAAAUUAUGAGAAGAUUAUUUAGUUAUUCACAAAAAACAAUAAUCCAGUUUUGGUUGCAACAGUUAUAUAAGCAUUAAGAUGGAGAAUAACAAGGGCAAGAAGUGCACUAGAAAGAAGAUCAGUAGUUGUUGCAUAUUCAACACAUGAUCUUAUUGGAGCUCAUUAAAGAAAUAUAGCAUUAGCUUAAUAUUUAAUGAUGAAAUCUCCUUUGGUUAUUUAAUGCCAAAGUUUAAAAUUAAUGAAUGCAUUAGCAUCUGAUUAUGAUGGAAGAACUUAUUUAACAAAUAACCCUCAAUUAAUUAAAUUGCUUAUUGAAUUAAUAAAAAAAGAUUAAAUUGAUUCAAUUAAAAGAAAGAAUGCAAUCGGUACUUUAUAAAAAUUAUCACUUCGAAAGCAAAGUCAAAUUUGGAUGCUUGAUAAUGACAUUAUUUAAGUGGCCUUAAGCAUUCUAAAAAGAGUAUAAAUUAAUAUUUAAAGAGUAGGAAAAAUUCAAUUUAAGUGAAUAUACAUAUGAAUAUAUUACUGCUUUGAUUAUGAAUUUAUCAUUAAGUUCAAGAGGUCGAGAUGCUUUAUCAAAUAAUAAAGAAUUAGCUUUUGAAGUUUUAUAUUAAUUGAUUGAAUACCCAAAUGAUCAGAUUAGAACUUUUACAAAUGGAACAUUCUAUUCUAUGUUUAGUAGAAGAGAUCUAAGAGAAUAUGCUUAUCAAUUAAAUAUACCUUAAGAAUUACCUAAAUUAUUAUCAAUUAGUGAUGAAAGAUUUAAAAAAUAAAUUUAAUAUAUGAUAGAAUAAUUAGAAAGUAAUGAUGAUGAUUAUGAUCAAUCAUAAUUAGAAGAAGAUAAUGAUGUUGAUGAUUUAGAAGAUGAUGAAGAAUGUCCAGUUGAUGAUGAAGAUGAAGAUGAUUUAGAAAAUAAUGAUAUAACUAUUGGAGAAGAAUUAUUAAGGAAUGAAUUUGCUCUUGAUUCAGAAUAAGCAGAACAAUAACGUUAAUUAAUGGAAUCUAUAAUGUAAAAAGAAUACCAGUAAAGAAGUCUCUAUUAAGAAUAAUUAAGAGAAUCUUAGUUAGAAAAAAUGCCUGUUGGAUGUAAAAUUUAUAUUCUAACAUUAUAUAGAAGGACCAUUUAUGGCUGAUAGUCUUCUACCUAAUGUCAAUAUUAAUCAUAAAAUUACUAAUACUAAUUCAAAACAUCCAUAAUAAUCUGCUCAAGCCUUUGCCUCCAGACCUAAAAUUCCUAGAACUCCUCCUAUACAAUAAAAUUAUCAACAUUGA